AUGAAAUCACCGAUAUUACCCAAUCGACAUGAAUACAAGCCUUCUCAAUUGCUUUGCCAUCCAGCAGAAAAUAACAUAACAGACUUCAUUUCUACACAUCCCCUUCACUUGCCUUCUGACUUUCCAGUAAAAAUUUUUACAGACGGCUCUUGCACUCUAACGGGUCAUGGCAGUGGCUUAUGUAUUUUCUAUGAAAAUUCCUUAAUCUACACUUGGAGACAUAGGCUAAAUAUUAAUAAUUCUAUUUACCAAGCUGAACUGAUUGCUUUUAAAAAGGCAAUUCUUCUGUCUACAAAAUUCGAUCCUCCGCCACUGAUUUGUACGGAUUCUUCGUCCAGCUUAAAAGCCUUACGAAAUGAUAAAUCAAAUAGUCCACUGGCCUUCGACAUACAGCGAAUCAUCCUCUCUCUUCCUUCAAAUAAAAAACCUUUUAUCAGUGGGAUUCUAGGAAAUGAACUCGCUGAUCAAAUGGCCAAAAGAGCGGCACGGGGUAUUUACUUGCCGGAAUUCCAACUUUCGUUUCCAGCCUCAUUUCUCAAAAGACAGUCUUUUCAGAUUCUAAUGCAUAAAUGGCAACACCGUUGGGAUUUUGCUUCGACAGGACGUCGAACGUUUCGAUUAAUCCCAAAAGUAUCUGCUUUAGCACGAUCUUUUAAUUCUGCACUAACAGCAUUCUUAUCUGGUCAUGGCCAGUUCCACCAAUACUUAGAUUCAAUCUUCGUGAUCAUGAUAGAUGUGAUUGAAGGGAACUGGGCUCAGUUGAUCAUUUUGCUUACGAAUGCGAAUUCACCAGGCAAUUUCACCUUAAAAAACCUUCUGAUGCUUAUUGGCAACAUUGGACUUUGCGGUUUUUAA